AUUCUCUGCAGUGAUACUCCACAUAGACCAGAGAUCGCAUCGGAAAUUGCUGUUAGGAUGUUUUCGAACAAAUCGCCUCCUAUCGCCAUUGUUGGAAUUGCUGCAGAACUCCCGAGUGGUGACUGGAGCGAGUCGAACUUGGACUACAACUCGUUUUAUGACUUCCUAUUGCAAGGCGGAGAGGCGUACGAGAAGAUGCCUGCAGACCGCUUCAACAUGCACACUCUCAAGGGAACCGCUUCCGGCCAGGUGGGCGCCGAUACAGGCGCAUUCCUCAAGGACAUAGGCCUCUUCGAUCCGAUCGAGUUCGGUAUCACGAGCAAGGAUGCCAGGCUGAUGAGCCUGGGCACAAGAAAGCUCAUAGAAACGACGUUCCUAGCCUUACUUGACUCGAGUAUCGACUACAGAGGUCGGGAUGUCGGCUGCUACAUGUCUGCUGUGGCUCAUGACAUGUUUUCCGUAUCCGGACAUGAUGACGUGGAAGCUCGCGGGGCGUUUUCAGGCGGCCCAGCGAUGGUCGCGAACCGUGUCUCGUAUCAUCUCGAUCUCCGCGGUCCAACUAUGCCUCUUGAUACGGCAUGUAGCUCAACCUUAUAUGCCACCCACCUCGGGGUUCAAGCGUUACGGAAUGGCGAGUGCGAAGCGGCAGUUGUGGGCGGCUGUCAGCUCAACCACAGGUUCACGGAGUGGCUGUUGUACACACAGGGCGGCAUUCUGUCUCCCGACGGGAAAUGCAAACCUUUCGAUGCAACUGCCAACGGAUUCGGGCGAGGUGAGGGUGCCGUCUCUAUCGUGCUCAAGCCUCUCGACGCGGCGCUCCGUGAUCGAGACAGGAUUUAUGCUACAAUUCUCGGAACCUGCAUCAAUUCUUCCGGCUCGCUGGCCCCCGUGAAUGCACCAGUCGCAUUGGCGCAGCAGAAUGCUAUGUUACGUGCGUUCGCUCAGGCGCAGCGGUCUCCGCGAGAAAUAGACUUUGUCGAGCUACACGCAACAGGUACUGCGUCUGGGGACCCCACGGAGGCGAACUGGGUCGGUGUACAGUUUGGGAGAGAUGAUGAGCUGCUUGUUGGCAGCGUAAAGGGCAAUAUUGGCCACACGGAGAUCACUGCAUUCCUAUCGUCUCUAUGCAAGGUUUGCCACAUCAUCGAGCAUGGUGUGAUCCCGCCCACUGUCAACUGCACCAUCCCGAACCCUGCCAUCAAGUGGACGGAGCAUAACAUGCGCGUUCCUGUAACUCCGGAGAAGCUUAGCAUCCGCUCUCCUUCUGGCCGUGCGCUCAUCGCGAUGUCGAGCUCCGGUAUUGGCGGCGCCAACGGCCACUGCGUUAUUGAAGCUCACGCGCCCGACGUUGAUGGCACUCCGCAGUUGUGGGCGUAUCAGAGUUCGGUGAUCCCGUCGCUCUUGAUCAUAGGCGGCCUAUCACCACGGUCCGCUUCUGCUGUCGGCGAAUCACUCAAGGCCCUCACGGCGGAGCAGGACCACAAGGACAUGGACCGUGCACUCGGUCGGCGAGCGCGGUCAAUGCUCUGGAAAGCGUAUGCUGUUACUCCAGACGGACAAACCCCUCGCUUCUCGGAGCCGGCUCUCACCCCGAAAACAGCACCGGAGAUCGUGUUUGUGUUCCCUGGGCAGGGCCCCCAACACUGGAACAUGGGUCGCGAGCUAUUCAGGACAUGCGUUCCAUUCCAUGAUACUGUGGUGGAGCUCGACGCAGUCUACGCAAGCGUGACUGGCAAGUCGCUUAUCGCAGACGUGGGCCUCUUCGGCGAAUCCGAUGUACCUGACACCUUGGGAGACGUCUGGCCAAUCUCCAUUACCUUACCUGCGCUAACGAUCCUGCAAAUUGCGCUCAUGGAAGCUCUAGCUUUCAUCGGCGUCAAGCCGGAUGUAGUGAUCGGACACUCUGCAGGCGAGACGGCCGUCGUGUAUGCGUCGGGUGCGGCAUCCAAGGCAAUGACAGUCGAGCUCUCAAUUGCAAGGGGCCGAGCGAUGGAGGCACUGGAGGGACACGAUGGAGCUAUGGCAGCUGUAGCAUGCUCUGCAGCGCUGGCUGAGGAAACCAUCGCUGACGUCGUCGCGGAGCUGGGACCCGCUGCCCUGGAGGUUGGCUGUUACAACGCUCCGAACGCCAUCACACUGUCCGGUUCUGCAAAGCACAUCGCGUCUGCAGUGGCGCGGGCAAAGGCGGCUGGUAUUCUGGCGACCCAGCUACGAACGCGGAUACCCGUACACUCGUCAAUGAUGGCUAUCUGCCAGGCAGAUUACGAGGAGCGGGUUGGGGAGGUGUUCAAGAAGUACGCAGUCGUACCGACGAAAGUGGAGACGUUCUCGUCUCUUACUGGCGGCAUAUUGAACACGCCCUACGACGCCCGCUACUUCUGGGAUAAUACGCUUGGGCCGGUAAUGUUCGAGCCCGCUAUAAACGCCAUUCACACUAGGCACCCGCAGUCGAUUUUCGUGGAGCUGGGCCCCCAUCCCGUCCUGUCGGGGUAUAUCACCGCGAUCUCGGGGCACGGUACGACAGUACUGAGCCCGAUGAAACGAUCCAGGACUGCAGGCGUCGGCGAGCCGAUGCAGCUCUUGGACUGUGUCGGGCGACUAGUCUGCGCGGGCUACUCGCGAGUGAAUAUGGAUGUGCUGUUUGGUAUGGCAGAGAACGCAAGUGCAAACAUACCUCCAUAUCCAUUCGCGCGGAAGGAGGUCCCAUAUACAGCUUCGACAUUUGAGAUCACCCGCCAAAGACAGAUGCGUCAUGGCCCAUUGAACUACCCUCAACUGCGAAUCAACACACAGACGCAUCCUGGGCUAGCGGACCACAUCAUACAGAAUGAACCUAUCAUGCCCGCAGCGGGAUUCCUGGAAAUGGCACUCGAAUUUGGCGCGAAGAAGCUCUGGAACAUACAAUUCCACUCGGUCCUGUCGCUUUCGUCCGAACGUCCGACGCCCAUUGACGUGAGACUUGAAGAUUCGCAGUGGAGCGUCCACAGUGCACCUGCGGCAGAUUUUGUCAAUACGUGGCCACCGACUUACGAUCGUGUACAUGCGACAGGCUAUCUCUCGAUGGAAAGCGAACUCGAUGGAGAUGCGUCUCCAGUGGCCAUCAACGACAUACGUGCACGCCUGAAGAUGAUGGAGACGAAGAGUUUUUAUGAUAAUCUUCGUUCAUUUGCCAACUACGGGACCACGUACAGGAGAGUGCUAUCCUGCUAUCAUGGGGUUGACGCAUCUGGGCUGGAGGAAUUUCUGAUAGAAAUUCGCGGUGCAGGAGACGAUCUCGACAAUCUCUCGGACUACCGACUGCAUCCUGCAAUUUUAGAUGCUGCGCUGCAGGUUGCAGUGCAUCCGUUGAUUACUGGGGCCGUCGCUCACGGUCACUACUAUCUGCCAUCAAAGUUGGGGACGCUAGUUAUCCAUGACGCGCUUGCUCAAGGGAUGCCUGAGAAGAUCUACGCUCAUGCAGUCUUUGUCAAAUGGAUGCCUGAGUCGCUCACUUACGACUUCAAGCUCAUGAACGAACGCGGCCAGACGCUAUGCACCAUAGAUGCCCUCGAGGUAGCAGCUCACGGGCGAACACCAUUGAUAGUCCAACAUCGAUAUGAUAUGGCCCAUCGCCAACUCGAUAUACAUCUCUCCAUUUCUUCAGAGUCGGGCGACAACGGGUCAAAUAUGAAGACGACCAUGAUCGUCGACGGGGUAUGUAAUUGCGACGGGAGCACUGAGCUUCUAAUCCUAAUCUUCCAGUACCACCGAGGACAUGAGAUGAGACUUCAGCAAAAAAUCCUCUCUUUGAACCCGUCCUACAGAGAGUCCCUCUGCUUCAUCGCAUCCAAAGGUACGGACGGCGACGCGGUUCUCGGCUUCACUAGGUCUCUCCGUAAGGAAUACCGAUCGUGGCAGGUGUUCUGCGUCAUUUUCCCCGCGACAUGGCCUCUUGGAGAAUACGAGGAGACAGCACAGUCUCUCUGUGCUCAUCCGCUGGCAGAGGAAGAAAUGUCGGUACAUGAGGAUGGCUCAGUGCGUGCUCCCAUGGUCGUAUCAUCGCCCGCGCCGAGGAAACUCGUGUCUUUUGACCCCGGAGCGCUAUGGACGUAUCAGCACUCUACCCUCUCGCAGGUUUCUCACCCGAUGGUACCUCCAGGCCAUGUUCUGGUCCGUGUCCUAGGCUGGUCGUCCAAUAUCUCCUCAUGCCGAGCGUUCAUCGGACGCGUGGACGGCUUACCAAAUGUCUAUGUUGGAAUUACACUUGGGCCCCUCUCCAACUUCCUCAUUGCUCACCGCGGGAGCCUCUUGCAGAUGUCGGACAUUCCCGAUGUCACUCGGGGUCCUCAUGUGCUCGGCGCAGCUCUAGCUGUGCUUGCCAUCGGGUCCGCCAGAUUCAGCGACCCCUCGCGUCUGGAGGGCGAAUGCAUCCUCGUAACGCACUCGGACACAGGGCUCGGGCGCGUUCUGUGCCAGCUAUACGAGAGCCGCGGACUGCACGUCGUACGCUUGCCGUCGCAGGCCGGCAUCUCGGAGACCAGGAGCGCACUAUCUCGGCAGCCGAAAUACAUGGUUUCGGGGAGAGAGGAAGCGAAUGCCAGCGACAUCGACAGGACGGUGCACCGGCUGCAACCAGGCAAGGUAUUCCAAUGGGAUGACCGCAGCACUGGGGUCGGGAGAAUUCUGGCCGAGGACCCGUGGGCUAUAGGGGAUGCGUUGAAGCUCGCGUUGUCGAACCCUACUAGCUUCACAGAAGUCUUCACUCCUCCCAUCGAUGCGCUGGACAUAGUACGACCAACAGACGUAUGCUUUGUGGACACCAUCUUCGCUCCUGACAAGGUGUAUAUUUUGAUCGGAGGCAUCGGAGGAUUGGGGCUACCCGUUGCGUAUUGGAUGUAUCAGAACGGGGCGCGUGAGAUCGUCCUCACCUCUCGCUCAGGGACGGCCAAACUCGCGACGAAAGACGAAUUCAUCGCUUUGAGGGUUCUCGCUUACCUGCGAUCACGGGAUGACUUGGUGCUACGUACGGAGGCCAUCGACGCAUCGUCGGUCGAGGAAACAAGGAAGUUAGUAAAGUCGAUCCAGAAACCGCUUGGUGGGUGCAUGCUCAUGACGACCAACCUGAUCGACCGUACAUUCGCCACACAAACGUCGGAUACAUUUGAAGCCUCUUUCACCGCAAAAUUGGGUGCCUUCCAUGCCUUGGAGAAGGUCAUCGAUAUUGAUUCGCUGGACUUCGUGCUCGCCUUCUCGUCUGUCGCGGGGCUGUUGGGAAAUGCUGGGCAAACCAAUUACGCCAGCGCAAAUACCGCUUUGACAGGGUUGACGAGGCAAUACAAGAACGCUGCGACCAUCGUUCCACCAAUGAUCAACGAUACCGGGGGGUCCCUCACCCUGGCCGCUACCGACAGUACAAAAUGGUCGCGUUUUAGGCACCUCAGCGCCUGGGCCAUGACGUGCGAAGGCAAGUUACAUCCACUCUGCGAGUGCAUCGGCGACGCAUUGCUGAAAAUGCGUGAAGGACCUGUCUGGCAAUACAUCCCAGAUUGUGACUGGAGCCUCGUCCAGAGCAAGAAUGGGUCUUCCCCACUUUACGACCACCUCGUGGUCAAAGAAUCCCAGUCAGACACCGACCAGAACUCCUCUAAAGACUUGGAGCGCGAUUUGGGCAACAUCAUUUGUGAUGCGCUUGACAUAGACCACGAGGACUUGUCUUCUGACGUGCCUCUCACGUCUUACGGCUUAGACUCUCUGUCGGCGAUGGCCCUGUCCCAUGCUCUGGAACCAUACCUAGCCAUCUCGCAGCUUCAGCUUCUGGCCGACGUCACGCUUGCUGAUCUCGAGCAGCUCCGUGAAGAAUCACAGAGUGCAACCACUCCCGACCCCGAGUCUGCAAGCGUCGUGACCGAGAUGGCCGAUUGCUGAGCGCUGAACCCGUAGUAGGCCUAAAGCGGCUGGUAACUUGCUGAGAAUUCGGAGCUCCACAACGCCUCGGGAAAGGUAGAGGUAGUUACUGUGGUCCUUGAGCAUGUUUGAACUGAUGUCGUGGUAUGGACGAAUGUACGACUCACAUUGUUUGUAGUACGCGUACAUGUUUCCUGAGUACUACUUACUAGUCAUUGUCAGUAUACACAUUAUCGACAGACGUACAUAGAUAGAUUGAGAAACCGGUGCACCGUCCCGUUUUGUCAGGGAGGCACUGCUGAUGGCCGCAAGAAUCAGAUUCACAUAAGUACUCGGGUCCCUCGGAUAUUGCCGAUCGGACU